AUGUAUAAGGUUGGGUUCGAGUUCUGGAAGCAACUGUGCGCAGAGCAUGGGAUCAGCCCCGAGGGCAUUGUGGAGGAAUUCGCCACGGAGGGCACUGACCGCAAGGACGUCUUUUUCUAUCAGGCAGACGAUGAGCACUACAUCCCCAGGGCUGUGCUGCUGGACCUGGAGCCCCGGGUGAUCCACUCCAUCCUCAACUCCCCCUACGCCAAGCUCUACAACCCAGAGAACAUCUACCUGUCAGAGCACGGAGGAGGAGCUGGCAACAACUGGGCCAGUGGAUUCUCCCAGGGGGAGAAAAUCCAUGAAGAUAUUUUUGACAUCAUAGAUCGCGAAGCAGAUGGAAGUGACAGCCUAGAGGGCUUUGUGCUGUGUCACUCCAUCGCUGGGGGCACGGGUUCUGGCCUGGGCUCCUACCUCCUGGAGCGACUGAAUGACAGGUACCCCAAGAAGCUGGUGCAGACAUACUCAGUGUUCCCCAACCAGGACGAGAUGAGCGACGUGGUGGUCCAGCCCUACAACUCGCUGCUCACACUCAAGAGGCUGACCCAGAACGCAGACUGCGUGGUGGUGCUGGACAACACUGCCCUGAACCGGAUCGCCACAGACCGCCUGCACAUCCAGAACCCGUCCUUCUCCCAGAUCAAUCAGCUGGUGUCCACCAUCAUGUCAGCCAGCACCACCACCCUGCGCUACCCUGGCUACAUGAACAACGACCUCAUCGGCCUCAUCGCCUCACUCAUUCCCACGCCCCGGCUCCAUUUCCUCAUGACUGGUUACACGCCCCUCACCACGGACCAGUCGCCCGGCCGGGACCGGCAGACCAACCACUGCUACAUCGCCAUCCUCAACAUCAUUCAGGGGGAGGUGGAUCCCACUCAGGUCCACAAGAGCCUGCAGAGGAUCCGGGAACGGAAGCUGGCCAACUUCAUCCCCUGGGGCCCAGCCAGCAUCCAAGUGGCCCUGUCCAGGAAGUCUCCCUACCUGCCCUCUGCCCACCGGGUCAGUGGGCUCAUGAUGGCCAACCACACCAGCAUCUCCUCGCUGUUUGAAAGUUCCUGCCAGCAGUACGACAAGCUGCGGAAGCGGGAGGCCUUCCUGGAGCAGUUCCGAAAGGAGGACAUCUUCAAGGAGAACUUUGAUGAGCUGGACAGAUCCAGGGAGGUUGUGCAGGAGCUCAUCGAUGAGUACCAUGCAGCCACGCGGCCAGACUACAUCUCCUGGGGCACCCAGGAGCAGUGA